CAAUAUGACCGCUAUGUGUUAUAAACAUUUUGCGAGUAGUUCAUAUAGAUAGUAAAAAUCGUUUUAAAAAGGUGAUAACGUGUGGAUUCGUGGGAUUAAGUAUAAAUGUGUCAGCUUGUUACAUCCGUUUUCUGGUUAACACCAAACUCAAUGCAUGAAGAGGGGUUUGCUAAUUUAACUUCAAUUGAGUAACUCCUUUAAAAAGAUUAUAGAAAGGUCAAAUAGUCUUCACAUAACAAGAUGCGUCGACUCGUUCAAGAACAAAACACUUUCAUGUAAUAAAGUUAGGAAAUAACGGAAAUGCCAAAACGGUGAUAGUGAGUGAACGGAACGAGGAUUUAGUGAAUGAUAGUUGACAAAAUGAAGUGGACUGUGAUCACCAUGUUCUCUUAUAUGCCUUUACUUAUGAGGGUGGCUAACGCUAGUCGGGUACACGCCGUCAGUUUUCUCACCAAUUCUUCGUAUCAAGAAGUGGAAUUGAAGUCAGAAUCGAGUUUAUCGCUUCGGGAUAUUUUACCAGUGAAAGCCAAAUACUAUGACAAGAAUAGAGCUCCCAAGCUCUCUGGACAGCCCACUAUUGUUUAUUUUCACGUGACCGUUCUAUCAUUGGAUUCCAUUAAUGAAGAGAGUAUGACAUACGUAGCUGAUAUAUUUCUUGCUCAAUCUUGGCGUGAUCCUCGACUUCGCCUACCCGAGAACAUGCACGAAGAAUAUCGGAUCCUCGACGUGGACUGGCUGAAUAAGAUCUGGCGACCAGAUUGCUUCUUCAAAAAUGCGAAAAAAGUCACCUUCCACGAAAUGAGCAUUCCAAACCACUAUCUCUGGUUAUAUCAUGAUAAAACACUGCUUUAUAUGUCAAAGCUCACGUUGGUGCUGUCUUGUGCGAUGAAGUUCGAAUCAUAUCCUCAUGACACGCAGAGCUGUUCCAUGAUGAUAGAGAGUUUAUCACACACGGUUCACGACCUUGUCUUUAUUUGGAAUCUGACUGACCCACUCGUUGUUAACCCAGAAAUCGAACUGCCACAGCUUGAUAUUUCUAACAACUACACAACGGAUUGCACUAUCGAAUAUUCAACGGGGAAUUUCACCUGUUUAGCCGUCGUUUUCAAUUUGCGCCGACGACUUGGCUAUCAUCUUUUCCACACCUAUAUACCCUCAGCUCUCAUCGUAGUCAUGUCCUGGAUCUCUUUCUGGAUAAAACCCGAAGCAAUACCUGCUAGAGUGACCUUAGGUGUUACAUCACUCUUAACCUUAGCGACACAAAAUACACAAUCUCAACAGAGUCUACCGCCAGUUUCUUAUGUAAAAGCGAUUGAUGUCUGGAUGUCUUCUUGUUCUGUCUUCGUGUUUCUAUCGCUGUUCGAGUUCGCGGUAGUCAACAAUUACAUGGGCCCAGUAGCCACUAAAGCCAUGAAGGGUUACUCCGACGAGGAUCUCAGUAGGGAGCUAGAUGCUUAUAAGCACAUAUUCCCGAAUUCCGUGGAUCCCCGUGCCAGUACCUCUGCCUCGAUCCCUCAAUACGACACCUUCUGCAACGGGAGGGAGACAGCUGUAUACAUAGACCGGUUCUCUCGUUUCUUCUUCCCGUUCUCUUUCUUCAUUUUAAACGUUGUAUAUUGGUCCACAUUUUUGUAAAUAUACAAUAUAAUCACUUAAUUUCUUUUAGGUUAUCUUUGUAGGGCUACCAACUCUUAUAAACUUCCUUGUCUGGAAACAUAACACAAUGUUGUACAUUAAAAUAAAUGAUAUAUUUUAUAAUAAAAGCUGAAAAAGGAAAGUAAUGGCAACAAAAAAAUAUUCAUCAUUAAUUAUAUAUUUAAUUUUCCUGUCCUGCUGGUGAUGCAAGUGGAUGGAUUAUAACUAUCGAAUCAGAGGUUUUUCAUAGUUUAUUUAAUAUGUAACAUUAUAAAUAUCUAUAUAAAAAUAUUCUUAUAAUAAAUAAAAUAUAUUCAUAGUAAGCUCUAGUCGACAACCCUAUUAAUAAGUUAUGUAAUGUCCAUUGUAUGGACUUACACGUAUAUAGUGUUCAAAGUUUUAUUAUUUUCAUUAGUAUAUAAGUUUAUAUAUUACAAAAAGUCCAAUGUGUGUGUCAGAAACGUUUAAUGAAAUGUUGCAGCCAUCAUAAAACAAAUGUUCCGUAACAGCCUGUGAAUGUCCCACUGCUUGGCUAAAAGCCUCCUCUCCCUUUUUGAGGAGAAGGUUUGGAACUUAUUUCAUCACGCUGCUCCAGUGCGGGACGGUGGAAUACACAUGUGGCAAAAUUUCGGUGAAAUUAGACACAUGCAGGUUUCCUCACGAUGUUUUCCUAAACCAGAAAGCACGAGAUGAAUUAUAAUCACAAAUUAAGCACAUGAAAUUUAGUGGUGCUUGCCCGGGUUUGAACCCACAAUCAUUCGGUUCUUACCACUGGGCCAUCUCAACUAUAAACAAAUGUUAUAAAAGUGAAUUUCAAUAUUAAUUAUUUUCUACCAAUAAAUAAAAAUAUUGAAAACCUAGAAGCGAAUCAACGUGGAGGUACUCUAUUUAUCAAUAUUAGAUUUCCUAUUAAUAUAAUAUUUUAUUAGUAUUAAUAUAUUACGGUUUGGUGUAUGAGUGAGCCAGUGUAAAAUUACAUGAAUUCAAAGUAGUGGUCAAUCAACUAGCAAUAUAUAUUGCGGUGUCUUAAAAAGCUUUUAUUCGAAACUUUUUAUAUCCACUCUUAAUAUUACUUACUUGACAUUUUUCACGAAGCCAUAUUGAAUACCAUAGAACAUUUUAAUCUUUACCAAAAUGUCAUCGCAAUUCAAGGACAAGGCUAUUUAUUAUAAUCUUAACUGUUCCCACCAUUAAAAUCAACUAUAUAUGUAAUCGCUCUUAUUGUUUAACUAAAAAAAUAAAAUAUAUUAAUAAAAUUUUAUAAUUGCUUAAUUAAAUCUUAGUUUUUACUAAACUCACUAAUGUUAUCUCUUUGUGUUAUUGAAUGUUUGUUAUAUCAUAACGCCAGGACUACUGGACGGCCUCUAUGGCUCUCAGUUUUAUUUUUUACUUAGAUAUAUUUAAGUUAGGAGUUGUUUUAAGUAAUUCUGCUUUCCGUUUUAAGGUUUACUUAUGAAU